GAGGACCAGAUGCUCCUUCUCCUUCACUUGAAUUAUUAUCCCCCUCCCUGGUGGCUUCUCUCUUCCACCUCCAUGCAUGCAGAGGAGCAGCGCCCUCAUUACUUCCCAUAACUCAGCCUCCAUUCCUCUUCUCUGUCCUCCUGACUCCCUGUCCUGAUCCUCUCUCUGGUCACCCUCACUUCGCCGGAGCACUGCUUCGGUACAUCGCCAGUACAGCGCUAGUUCGUCGGUUUGGCCAAGGAUCGGCCCUCGUCACGCCAGCCGCCCACCGCCACCAGCCACACCAUCGCUGGUCUCCUCGCACCAGAAUCCAAAAUUUUCAUCACACCAAACCAUCCACUCCCUCACUUUCCCCCCAAGCAAAUCCGAUCUUUACAACCGCAUUGUUGCCAGCAACAGCCUCCUUACCUUCCUUUCGCACCCGGUUACCCACCCAAAUUCAAUCCGCUGCGCUCAAAGUCGCGGCAUUUGCUACUGUUUCAUCCGCAGGUCCAAUCUUUACCGCCCGAUUCUGCUCAAAAUCCGCCGUACUUGCGUCCAUUUCGGUCCAGAAAAUCCGACCUCGAUGCUGUUUGCGCAUCGGAGCCCAGUCUUCGCCGCUUAAUUACGCUCAAGAACACGAGGAAAUCCGGCAAUUCGCAAGAAGCUGUGGGUGGGGCGGUGCCCUGGCUUCUCGCGCCCCGCCGGGUCCCAUGUCGGACUCGGAGCUGUCCCGGAGCACGGUGGUGUUCGGGCUCCGCAUGUGGGUGCUCGUCGGCAUCGGCGUCGGCGCCGCCUUCGUGCUCCUGCUCGUCCUCAUCUCCGUCCUCUGCCUCCUCGCCUUCCGCCGCCGCCGCCGCCGGCAGCGGCCGACCAACCCCGCCCAGCAGCUCCCCACCACCGCCCCUCCCAAGAACCCCGCGAAUGUCAAGGCGCCCAAGGACAUCCAAGAAGUCCCCUCGCACGCCGCCGCCGCUGCCGCCCCGGCGAAGACGCCGCUCGCGCAGGUGCUCCAGCUCCCCACGCCACAGGUCUCCGAGCAGAUCGCGACCGGCAAGGAGCACCGCAUCACGAACCCGGAGCAGCAGCACCACCCCAGCCAAAGGAGCGACGGGCCUUCGCCGCACGGCAGCGACGAGAGACGGGGUGGGCGAGGUGGCGCUGCGGACCACGCGCCACCGGCGGUGCCGGAGGUGUCCCAUCUCGGGUGGGGCCACUGGUACACGCUCAAGGAGCUGGAGACGGCUACCGGGAUGUUCUCCGAUGAGAACGUGAUCGGCGAGGGCGGUUAUGGGAUCGUGUACCAUGGUGUGCUCGAGAACGGCACGCAGGUCGCCGUCAAGAACUUGCUCAACAACAGGGGUCAGGCAGAGAAGGAAUUCAAGGUUGAGGUCGAAGCGAUUGGGCGUGUGCGGCACAAAAACCUUGUGCGCCUUCUGGGAUACUGUGCUGAGGGUAAUCAGAGGAUGCUUGUUUAUGAGUAUGUCGAUAAUGGGAACUUGGAGCAGUGGCUGCACGGGGAUGUUGGACCCGUAAGCCCUCUUACAUGGGAGAACAGGAUGAAGAUUAUACUGGGAACAGCAAAAGGGUUAAUGUAUUUGCACGAGGGACUUGAACCGAAAGUGGUUCACCGUGAUGUCAAGUCAAGCAACAUCCUUCUGGACAAGCACUGGAAUGCUAAGCUCUCAGAUUUCGGACUCGCAAAGCUUCUUGGUUCAGAAAGGAGUUAUGUUACGACACGAGUUAUGGGAACUUUCGGGUAUGUUGCUCCAGAGUACGCAGGGACUGGAAUGUUGAAUGAAACAAGUGAUAUAUAUAGUUUUGGAAUUCUCAUUAUGGAAAUAAUAUCGGGUAGGGUACCAGUGGAUUAUAACAGGCCACCAGGAGAGGUUAAUUUAGUUGAUUGGCUUAAGACAAUGGUAAGCAACCGAAAUUCUGAUGGCGUUGUGGACCCAAAGAUCCCCCAGAAGCCUACUUCUAGGGCAGUGAAGAAGGCUUUGCUAGUGGCAUUGCGAUGUGUAGAUCCUGAUGCUCGUAAGAGGCCAAGGAUUGGGCAUGUCAUUCACAUGCUUGAGGUUGAUGAUUUCCCAUACAGAGAAGAUCGCCGGGGUAGCAGAGCACCAGGGCAAGCAAGAGCACCAGAGAAAUCCGCAGGUGGAUCAGGUCACCAUGAGACUGACAGCAGUGCAAAUGGUGGCACACAAGCCGAACCCUUUAGAUGGAGAAACCCAGAUGCUUAGGUGUUGUCGGAUUACUGAUUCAGAAAGUCGAAUCCUCAUGAUCUCUGAAGGAGAACAGUAUCUGCUGAAGCCGCGUACUGUUCAUUUCGCUGCCUUCGUCCGUUCGGGGUGGCAUCCAUGGAUCUCACCACAUCAUCUGUACAUGUCAGCAAUAUGAUUUAGCCCCUAGUAAUUUUUCCUGCUUACUUAUAUAGAUAGAAGAAAUAUGUAUGUAUGGUAAAACCCAUGCCAUUUAAAUUAACAGUGGGUAUUUAUUAGAA